UGCAGCUCACAUCUCGGUGCUCUUCCUCCUGGCACAGCAUCUCGUUUGUUCACCACAGAGCUGAGCCGAGCCGCUUUUUUUUCCCUGGAGAGUUUCUGCCUCUACCCGGACAGAUGUGUGCCGAGCCAUUUCUCCUCCUUCCGCUCAGCCAUUGUGGCUUUUCUUUGAAGGAUAACGCUGAGUCUCCUUUGGCUGGAAACUGCCUCGCCUGACCACAAAACCUGGAUUGCCUUGUACAUUUGGCUCCCAUGAUGCUUGGAUUACAGGGAAAUACUUCGUCCUCUAAAGUGUAUCGUUGCGUGGCAUGUUCAGCCACCUUCACUGGACUGGCGUCCUUGCUGGUACAUCAGGCAACCCAUGCUAGUGCCCUUGCCAAGGUCCCGCCCCCCCCUCCACAGCCUAACAUCAGCCCACACGAAACACUGUUUGUAAGUAUGGACUCAUCCAGUGAGCAACCCAGUCCACCAACGCUCUUAGCUGAGAGCCCUUCACCUUCUUUUUAUAUUUGUGACUGUGGAGAGGAGUUUCAGGACUUCAAUCUUAUGUUGGAGCACAAGCGUUCACAUGUCUCUCAAAUUCAGCUACUGCAGCCUCUGGACAACAAUAUUGUGCUCUCGAAUGAAACAAGUUGCAGUCAAGUUUUUCCCACCCAGCACGUAUCAUUCAGUACAACUGUAACCCAGCCGGGUUUGGUCUUUAGCUGUCCCUCUACCUCAAGGUCCCCACCUGUUGAACUGCCUACAUUAACUGACCACAAAGCAGCUGUAAGCCUGGGGGAUGAUCUUGCCAUGGUAACCACUUCUCAAGGCCAGUGUACGCCCCCCCACAAUGACAGUGAGAAACAACUGGACAACAUGUCAGCCACAGCAAAGCAAGUACCAGAGACUGUAGAGGACAUGCAUUUCCAGGACAAAACUAAUUCUGUUCUCAGCAGUGAAAAGGCUGAGGAUUUGCCCAAAAAUAACGCUCUAAUGAAGUUGCUGGCAUCAGCGUACAUGAAGCGCUUUUCACCUUUUCAGUCUCAGACUAAAAACACUAACACAGUUACCCCUAAACAGGAAAUAGUCCCUGUUGAUAUAACACCAGGAAAAAAAACUGAGGUGUCCGCGAUCAAUGAUCUCUCUAUUGCACAGUUGAGGCGACUGCUUGCAAAACCCGGUAUGAAGACGAAAGCUCCAUCCAUUAGCAGAAUUCUUGAGUCCAGUAAGAAGAGGGUUGUCUCUCUGACCAAGACUUUCUCACCUGUUGUGGUUCUUGAGACCCGUCAAAAGCUUGUGGAUCCUAUGGGUAAUGGUGCAUAUGGGCAAUAUCAAUGUGGCCGCUGUCGUAGGGUCUUUCAGUGCUUGGACAGACUAACAGAGCAUCAUUUCUUGCACAAAAAAGAGAGAAUUAAAUGUUGUCGUCACUGUAAGCAGCUGAUCAUAGGGCGGCUCCCUUUACCUGACAAUCAUGUAUGCCCUCAAUUAGGUACCAAGACCACACAGCCCUCAAGUUCUUUUAAAAACAAGUUAGCAUUUGCCCAAAAAAUAGUGCCAUUCCACGGGCUCAACAACACAAAAAAAGUUUUCUUUUGUCCCUUGUGCAAGCACAGCUACGCACGGAGGUGGAACCUCAAAAUGCACAAGUGUCAGGGAACAGGGUCGGCCCUCUCACGGCAAGCCAGUCCCCCCAUUCAUAAAAUGCUAUCAUUGCGAUCAAACAGUACAGCCGAAACAGAUACAGAGGUUAAUCCCGGAUCUCAGUCUGUAAAGAGUAUUGCUGUGGGCACUGAAGUUACUGGUCGCAUCAAGGUAGAGGUGACAAAUUCAGACCAGUCUGCAGUUUCACAGUUGGCCUGGACUCAUCCAGCAAAAAGCUUUUCACCGUUCUACUCCAAAUCUUCAGUGAUGGAGCAGCACAAGGAUUCCUCUCUGUGUGGGAUUUCACCCCAGCAAGGAGAAGGAGACAGCUGGAAUGAAGAAGUUGAAAAUGAGGACAGCGAUGAAGGGCAGUGGACAAUGCCGCUGGAUGAUGAAAUGGAGGUGCUUAGUUCUGCAGAUAAAGCCGAUGAUGACAGAGAGGUGAAGACGCCUGUGUCAGUCGAACACGCAGAGACGACGCCCACUAGCCUGCGCUACUUUGUCAGGGAUGGCGUGAAACGUUACCCUUGCAACAGGUGUCAGAAAACCUACAGUCGGGCAUCUACUCUGAGGCGCCAUCUACGGCUGUGUGGGUUCAGGCCACGUGGACCUGGGACUGUAGCUCAGAGUGGUAGUCAGGAGGGCCUUCCACUAAAUGCAAACAGUAUGAAACCAAUGUUUGCUUGUUUUGUCUGUGGGAAGACCUUUAAUCGCAAAGAUAACAUGAUGGUUCACAGUAAGAAAUGUCAGUUGCAACAAACAUUGGCAGAUGUGGAUGGAGGGACUGCUCAGCAGAGUAGGUCAGGCAGUGCGACAGAUGGUCAAACCCAGGAGGACGAUGGAAGCAACUGGGGCAUCAUGUCACUGCCCUCUGUUCUGCCAAGGAGAGUGACAUGUGAGUGUGGGGUCGGAUUUACAUCUCCAAGACUUCUCCUGGAGCAUCUGCAGAAACAUGCCCAGGAAUCUUACACGUGUCCGACUUGUGGAGAGACUGUGAGUUCCUGGGCAGACUACGAAGUUCAUCUGCAGAUUCACAUGCAUCCUCAUCACCAGCUGCUAAAGGGCCUACAACCACAACGAUCACAACCUCUGUUACUCCGAUUUCAACAACAGCCUCCUCAGCAGCAGCCUCCUCAGUCAGCACAUCAGUCUCCACAGAAGCCACCGAGCCCCGAGCAGCUUCCAAAUUCCACAAAAAAGCAGCAGCGGAUUGUAUGCACACGAUGUGGCAACACCUUUGCCACUCGCUGUUCCCUUCGAAGGCACAUAUCUUGGAAUCGAUGCAAAGGUGGACGGGUUACAAAUCUACCCACAAAUCCACCUAAAACCUAUCACUGUUCCCACUGCAACUCUGACUUCCCGAACACAAUAAGUCUUAUAUUUCACCAGAGGAGUGGGGCUUGCAAGCCCGCCAUUAAGCCUGUGCGUUGCCCUGUUUGUCUCCGCUGGUUUGGCACUGUGGACGGUUUACAGAAACACCUGCUUACUCACAAACAGUCUGAGUCAUAUCGCUGUGACGUCUGUCAGGGCACAUACCCGAACCUUAAAUCACUGAAAAACCAUCGCAGGAGGAUUCAUCGCAUCAUGGCUGGAGACACCAAGCCACAAACACAAGAACAGCUGAGUUCUUAGUGGAGUGCUGGAUUACGAACAGAGCACAUCUGAUAGUACAGUAGAAUUAUAGUUUGUUUUUUUUUCCAUAUUUGCCAGUUGUACUGGUUUUUUAUUUUCCAGGAGACAUUGUACAGCUGCAUAAGGUGAUGUUUUUUUUAAGCAACUCUUUGGAGUGUGUCAUACUAGCUUGCCAGUGUAAAAACAAAGCUCUGAUAAACUGUACAUUUUAAUCCCUACAUUACAUAGCGUCAUUAGCCUGUAAAUGUUUGAGUAUUUGGUAAUCAGAAUUUUAUCACAGAGGUUGUGAUGUAGCUUGAUGUUGUUCCUGGUGUUAAUAAACAUGCCAGUAUGUUAAUUGUGUACAUCACAUCAUUUUGUGCGAUUAUAUCUUCCUUAAAGGCUUUAAGGCAAAAAAAUCAAGGAUUAACACAGUCUUUUUUUUCCUUUCAUUGUGUACAGAGCAUGUUUUAACAUGAAAAGUAUAUCAGUGGCAUCACAAUGACCAAGGUUUAUGUUUCUCAAACUUAGGUGAAUGACUGCAGUUAAUAAAGAC